GGAAAUUAAAAAAUAUACUAGAAAGUGAAGCAGCAUGAGUCCUCUGAUUUCCAUCCAGCAACCUGGGUGUCUGUAUCUGGUAUUUAGCCCAUUGCUGUUGUCUCUCUGCUCGCCAGGAAAAAAAUGUUUGUCGAUGGGUCAAAUCCCCAGCUGGGAAAAUUGUGUUUUUUUUUUUUUUUAAACCAAACUCCGUCCUCAAAUCAUCAACCCUUAGCAAACAAACCCAUUUCCCCUUCUUUCUCUCAAUGCCACCAAAACUCCAUUCUUCUCUCUCAAAGCAGGCUAUCCCGCUCACAGAAGCCGUCUUCUUCUGUCCGUCCUGCUCAAUAUGGCGCUAUUCAUUGCCCUCGCUGACCACACGCCGGCGCAACAGGACUUUUAACCCACGUCACUCCCGCUUCACGUCAACUUUCGCAGCCCAAUAUAGAGCUGCACACACAGUGAAUAUCACAAGAAAUAUACCAGAGCGGUUUCAAGGGCUAUAUUCCGCAUUAAAUGGUGUCCAUGAUACUGCUGCCAACCAUGUCAAUUCGAGUAGGCUGCAAUUGGCGCUAAGGGGGCUGGAGACUACGAGGCCGGUGAUCCGGCUUGCUGUCCUCGCUUUGGAUGAUACAACUACGACAGCCAGGCUUGUCCGACUACUACUGGCAGAUCCCUUGAGCCCGAAACAAGCAUGGGAGGAUUAUUUAGAGAAGCAUCGGAUGGAUGGAUCUCGCAGUCUAUUGAUAAAGUAUGGAGACCAAACGGAUCUCGCAGUGGAGAACAGCCUCGUACCAACGAUAUCAAUACCCUCGAGAACACUGCAAUCUUCCAACCUGGAGAUCCUUAUUUCACCUCUCAGCGCGAACUCGAAUUCAGAUGUCCAUAUCACCAGAAACACGUUCCUCGUUCCAACAAUCGCCAUCCAAUCGACCAGUACUGGAACCCAUACUUUUAUCCGGUACCCGGUCCACAAGAGCAUGAUUUGUGGAAAGGAGAUUGAUGGGUUGUUAGCAUAUACAAGACUAGCCGAACGUGCAAAUAUUACAGACAUGGAUUCGAUAUGUGCAUCGUUCGACUUCAGUUUAGGCCAAGGUUCAACCCAAAAGGGGAAUGGGAUCUCAUGUGUCGAUAUCGAACGUGCAGAGGUGGCAUUGAAUACGUUUCGAGAGUCGGUCCAAAACGCCCCGGAAUACGAGAAAGGCUGGUCGGGAAGCGGUGUCCAGCUGCUCAUAGAUUGGGUAUCAACCUCUCCGAAGGAUGACAUCCUAGAUCCGUCGAUUAAGAGGCUUGUAGGAUCAUUGUUAGACGAGGCCGAAGAGAGCAUUAACGCCGAAGAGAACAAAAGGAUACUGGCGCAGCAAGCCAAGAACGUCACGGAAGAGGUAAGGCUGGAUUUGGAUAGGACAGUCAGCGCAUGGGCGGAGCGUGCACACACAGAACUUCGUGACACACUCAACGAAGGAUUUGCAAAUAAAGCGUGGCGGAAUCUAGCUUGGUGGAAGUUGUUUUGGCAUGUGGAUGACGUGGGAAUGAUCAUCUCCCGUGUAUUACGGAAGAAAUGGCUCCCCGAGGCUGAGAAAGAGGUAGUCUGGAUUGGUGGGAAAAUUCACCAGGCCGGAUUACUGAACAACCUUUCAAAUUCAACGGCCAGAAUUCAGGAGUUACCUGAGCUCGGGGGAUCCCAUACUGGAGAAUUAUCGUCGAUGUCCUCUGAGAGGCUUUGGCCAACGCAAAUCUCAGACAUUCGCGACAGCCUUACAACCUCAAGCGUCCCCUCCCUGCAUUCCGUCGCGCAAAAUCUUGUCUUCUUUAGUUUAUCAACGACAUCACUCAGCGCUGCGCUGUCUGCUUUGGUGUAUAUUUCGACAUCUGGCACUUCGAUGUACGAAGCCGGCACGAUCGCAACAAUUGGGCUUUUCGUUUCGCUACGCCGGCAGCAAAAGGGAUGGGAUUCUGCACGUAGCUUGUGGGAGCAUGAGGUCCGCGAAGAAGGCCGCCGCGCCCUGAGGGACACUGAAGAGGUACUGCGUACCAUCAUUCAUGAGGGCGGACGGGCUAUCGAAGAAGCCCCUGAAACCGAAGCCAGGCAACAAAUCCACAAAGCCCGUCAAGCUCUCUCGGAUGUAAAAUAAUAGUUUCCCUUUAGUAUCCUAUAGUACCUGUUCCUCCUGCAAGCUAUCAAAAAUAAAAGGAGACUUGUAGACCCCCCAAGUUUUCAAUAUCCCGGAAGCAAAACCAAAUAAUCGCAGUCGUAGGCAUCAAACUUAGCCAAUUUCCACACUCCCCUCCGGCACCCCGCUUGUACUCCUCAACCUACUCGCCAGAACCGCAUAAUAGGAAACAUUUCCUCCCGAUUGCUCGGCAUCCCAUCCCCCCUCCUCCCCCUCCACCUCACCACCUCUACAUUCCCAAAAUUCCCCUUCGUCCUACCUAUCCCCGCAUCCGAAAGCGCACUCCCAGGGCCCUGACCCCCAACCAACAAGACGGGCGUCCCCGCCUUCCCCGCCCCAUCCUCUUUAAUAGCCGAAAGCGGCAAAACCCCUCCUAUCGCCACAAUUCCGCCCAGCUCCUUCUCCCCGUUCCCGUUCUUCCCAUCCGCAUCAUCCAUCAACGCACCCCUACCAACCUCCAGCCCAACACUCAACCCCAUACUAGCCCCCUGCGCAUAUCCCAGUAUAAAAAUCGCCCUCCCGCGAUACCCAAGCUUCCGCACCAGGACCGGCAAUAUCAGCUGCCGGACGAUCUUAUCCGUGGCGCGCGAGAAGCCCGGAUCUGCGUCGAGAGCAUCUGGAUCCAAGAGGAUGUCGUCGCCCCAAUGGUAGCCGGGGAGCUCGAAGGGGAGGGGCGUGGGCGCUUGCAGGGCGAUGCAGGUUGUUUCGGGGAGGUGGAGGGCGGAUGCGAAGGAGGUAAAGGGGGCGAUUGUGUCGCCUAGCCCGUGGAGGAGGAGAAGGAUGUUUGUGGAUCGUGAGGUUGGUGGGGGUGUUAUUGUGAGGAUUAGGGACGGGGGGAAGUCGGAGGGUUGGGGGAUGGGGGGCAUUGUGGGCGUGUACGUAGGUAAUUGUGUGGAGGAGGUUCGGUGGUCAUGACAAGUGUCGGGAAGGCGGGUAGGGGUUUUAUUUGAUGUGGACAAUUCAGAGGGGUUUGCUUUAUUAUUUGGGAAGUGGGGAGGGGUUGUGUUUUCGAUGUUUUGUUGCUUCUGGAAUGCGGUUGACGUUCCGUUUCGAAGCUUUCCUGGCGUGAAGUUUAACUGGAUAAAUAAGCUUAUUUAUUUAUUGAGUGGGCGCAUUGCAGGCUUCGUGAUCACUAUCUUGAUUGCAUAUAAUAGAUAUUGUUCUUACCUCGUAAAUGAAGCAGAAUUUGUAGCCGUGAUUUGAAAAGAAGCUUCAUUCCGGUGGAUAUUUACCUAAAGGGGGCAUGUGGACAUUAAUAUUUAAACCUUACAGAGUAGAGUAUUGG